AUGCUGGAUCUAUCUGAUUCGGAUUUUGACGACGACGAAACGCCUGACUUCGAUCCCGCGCUUACUGUUCCCUACGAAGAAUCUUUUGAAGACGAUGAUUCUGCACUCUCCAUUCCUGACGACUACAAUUUCAUUGACUCCGGCUGGACGGUUGAGUGCUUACAAGACAUAGAGGACAUUGAUUUCGAGUUCGUUUACGCGCUUCACACUUUCGUGGCUACCGUUGAAGGUCAAGCAAAUGCCACCAAAGGUGACACUAUGGUUUUGCUAGACGAUAGUAACAGCUACUGGUGGCUAGUCAGAGUUGUUAAAGACAGCAGCAUUGGAUAUCUACCCGCAGAGCAUAUUGAGACGCCAACAGAACGUCUAGCACGUCUGAAUAAACACAGGAACGUCGAUCUCUCUGCAACUAUGUUGGGGGAUACGGCGGAGAAGAAGCAACAGACGUUCAAGUCGCCAAUUAGAUUUGGACGCAAAACGGUCACAUUCACUUCCCCAACGUACCAUGACUACACUGAGAUCGACGACUAUUCGUCCGAUGAAGAAGACUUGGACGAUUUAUUCGCCGGCUCGACCACUACAGCAAAGCAAGAACAACAAGAACAAAAGAAAGAUCGAGAUCCAGCUUCAACAAUAUCGAUCAUCGAAGAUGAUUCAUCAGAGGAGAGCGCCAGGGUUGAACCCCUCAAGCCCCGUUCAAAUAAAGAAGUUAAAAUGGCUAUGGAGCCGUCAAAGGUCGACACUGUGGAAGAGGAAGAUGAGACGAGAAGCAGUGAGGAAAUACUAUUCGACAACAAGCAGGAAGGCCCCAGCAGAUCCCGAAAUGGUACUGUCAGAAACACCGACUCUUUCUUUAGAGAUGAAACAGUCGAGACCAAGAAGAUCACUCUCACGCCUAAUUUACUACGAGACGACAAUCAACCUCGGCCUUCCCAGGACUCAACAACCAAGGAUAUCAAGUCCCGAGGAAGUCUUGAUAAGCUGGACAAGGAGCUCAUGUCCGAUAAGGAGAAGAAGAAGCACCAAGAUAGGUCUCGGAAAGAGAAGGAAAAGAAGCCGAGCGCCAUCCGAAGUUUCUUUUCCAGAAAGGACAGAAAGAAAUCGGUUGACGAUGAUGACGAAUCUUUUGGCAAGCGCUCUAUGGAUAUCGUAUCGGAGCCUCGGGACAGCGAGUCAAUUGAAGAGGUCGCGUCACCUGACAGACAACCGCAACGGAGUACUAGCAAACUUCAAAAGCAACUCCCCCGAACUGAGGCAUCUCCUGGCAAGGGGGAGACCUCAUCAACAAUGGAACUUGCAGCUUAUCUGGCCGAGUCUCGGGUCAACGAUGUGUCCAACGUGCCACCAGCAUCGAUGCGGAUCGUCAAUCCCGAGACACAGGAGACACAUGAAGUACCAUCAAAUUCACAAAGUGGUGGGGAUUCGGCCAAGGUACGUUCCUCCUCAGCCGCUGCACAACACGACGAUACGAAGGCAUUGGCGAAGGCGUUGGGCCGCAGCGCAAGCACCGGAGGCGAGCCCAGGGCAAUCAAGACAGUUAAGCCUCGUCCAUUGAUGGAUCUGGAUGAACUAUCAAGCUCCGACGAGGAUGAUGUGUCUCAGCCUACGAACCGCACGACACCUGAGCAACCCGUCGAGAAGAAGCCCGAAGGUGGACUACGACCACAACUGCCAGGAGCGUUCCCUGACAGCUUCGAUGCAACCGCCAAGCCGAACGCAUCCACAGCGGCAGGCCAAGGCCAGAAGGAUCGCCUGUCAGAAUCACCGGUGCAGGUGUCACCUGUCAACGCAACACGGCCACCAGCACUGGAGAUCGACACGUCGUCCCAAGAAGGUCGCUCGUCCUCCGAUGUACCGUCACCAGAGCUCAUGCCUGGUGACGAGACACCCAAGGAUAGUAGCUCAACAAAAAGUGCCAAAGAACCUGGCUGGGAUGACGAGAAGCUUCGUGCCUUCUUUGACGAUGGUGAGCACGUUCGAGAUCUUCUCAUGGUCGUGUACGACAAGACAGACGUGGAGCCCGUUAGCAAAGACCAUCCGGUGGUUAGUGGUAUGUUUAGAGAGCAGAACGCGAAGCUAGCGGAGAUUACCACUCAACUCGACAAUAUGCUCGGGGACUGGUUGGCUAGAAAGCAACGGUCUCGCGGCUCCGUAUGA